UGCAAACCACACCAUUCCUCUCUCUCCCCACUAUGAUCCCUCAGUACCGAGGGCGAGAAUUCCAAGCCAGAAACCAAUUCACCUUCUCCAAUCCUAUCCACAGGGCGGGCAACGAUCGGAAUGCUUUGGAUGGAAUCGAGUAUGGGACGUGGGCUGAGAGAAUUAAAGGAAAGUAUGGAUACUUCGGCAAAUCGGAUGAUCGUAACUUCGGUGCAUGGCAACGAAGAGCUCCCCUGAAUCAUCAUGGCGACCAAGUUGGCGAGGAUGAAUUCGGACGGCAAGCAAAACAAGAGGGUUAUGACUCAGAUGUUCCAUCCCCGCCGUUGUGGAAGAAGCCAGGGUCGCCAAUGGCCGAACAAUUAGCGCAGGCCAUUGCCGGAUACCGGCAGGAGAUGCUGGAGAUAGUCCGGGAUAUGCCGGAGACAGCUUACGAGCUCUCUUUAAGAGAUCUUGUGGAGUCACCAAGGAUAGCGAAGCCACCGGUGCAGCAAACCUUAGGGAAAGGUGGAGAAUUUUCGAAGGAUAAGACCGAGAAGGAGAAAAGGAAGAAGGGAAUAAGAAGGAUGUCGAGGAGUGAGAGCAUGGACCCUGGAGGCUUCCUUCUAAAGAUGUUCCUUCCAAAUCUACUCACUGGGAGGAGGAAGAAGAGCUUUGGAGGCUCUUCUGCUUGUGCAAAGGUUUCACCACAAGAUUGUUGGAAGAAGAACACAUCAGAUGAAAAGGGAAGCAGCAGCAGCAGUAGCAGCAGCAGCAGAAGCAGAACCAGGAAAGUGAUUGGCUGCUAUUCCUUCUUCCGCACAAAUAAACACAAAGAUGGAGAAAACUGAGGCGCCUAUGUUCUGCAAGGGAAACCAUAAUACAUGUACCUUUGACAGCCCCUGUUUUAAUUCUGGGAUUGUUUGAUGAUGAGAUCAGCUGAAAGUUGCCAGAAUGACUCGUAUAGGGGUACCUAUCUUCGCUUUUUUGGUUUGUUAUGCAAACUGGGUUCGGUGAUUAAAAUAUGCUUUUGAUCAAGUAAUGUGGUUUGGAAGCACCAGCAUUGUACUCUAUAUAUAUCAACAGAAAAUUUUCGGGGUAAAUUGAUGUUAUUUCUUUACCUGCACCAGCAUUGUACUCUAUAUAUAUCAACAGAAAAUUUUUGGGAUAAAUUGAUGUUAUUUCUUUA